AAAAGCUACUAAGGGAGUGUAAGGAAACACUUCUUUAAUUCGAAAUCCCAAAUCUCCCAAAAACGAAAAUUAAACAACAACAAAAAUGACCGACCCGGAAAUCGCACCCGCAACCCCAUCGGAGCCGCAGCAAACCUCCCAUGACCAACACUCCAACUCCGCCGCCAAGCUUGGCCCCGGCGGCAUCUCCUUCAGCAUAUGGCCACCCACACAGCGCACCCGUGACGCCGUCGUUAACCGCCUAAUUGAAACCCUAUCCACUCCUUCCGUGCUCUCCAAGCGCUACGGCACCAUGACUCCCGAUGAGGCCUCCGCCGCAGCACGCCAGAUCGAGGACGAGGCCUUCGCCGCCGCCGGUGGCUCCGCGGCCUCCGACGACGAUGGAAUCGAGAUCCUUCAGGUGUAUUCCAAGGAGAUCAGCAAGCGGAUGCUCGACACCGUGAAGGCCAGAGCUAACACCGGUGCCGUCGCCGUCGAUAACGGUGGAGCUCAGGCCCCUGCCUCCGACGUUGCCCCUCCACCAGCCGCUGAGAGUGCACCAGCUGAGUCUGAAACCUAAUCCUUUUGAGGAUUAUAAUAUGUUAGGGUUCCUUUGUCGAAGCAUUAUUAUUGCUAUAUAAAAUAUUUUAAUAUUUUCUAUUAUGAUCUAUCUGUAGAACUAUGUUUCUUUAUUGUGCCACCAAUCUCUAUUAUAAAUUUUCACUUAGAACAUCUCCGGUCCUUUUUUUGCGUCACUUGUGUACAAUAUGAGAUCCUCCUUAAUUUCGUUUUAUCAUUUCCCUGUGUGUUGGCACCCUGUUUUCUUCUUUGCUGUGAAA